GGAGGCCAUUUCGCAGGACCUUCCGAGCAGCAUGAGCGGUCGCAUCAGCAACAUGGGGCGCAUCGCGUACCACGUCGUGGACGCCAAGGGCCAAGUGGUCGGGCGGCUGGCGUCGCAGCUGGCGCCGAUCCUGCGCGGCAAGCACAAACCGACGUACGCGCCCAACGUCGACUGCGGCGACGUCGUCGUCGUCCUCAACGCCAAGGACAUUGUGCUCACGGGCAACAAGUGGGACGACAAGCUCUACCGGUGGCACACGGGCUUCCCCGGCGGCCUCAAGACGCGCACGGCCAAGCAGAUCAAGGAGAAGGACGAAGGCGACGUGCUCCGGAAGGCCGUCAUGGGCAUGCUCCCGAAGAACAAGAUGCGCGCGCUGCAGAUCGCCAAGCUCAAGAUCUUUGCCGGCGACGAGCACACGUUCCAGGCGGAAUUGGGCGAGAACCCCAAGUUCCUCUAAAUUUAAUAGGCCCUAGCACGGACGAACCGGCGACAAUAGAUAGACGUGUUUGCCGUCGUGUGCACCAGCCUCUCCGACGUCGAAAUAUGGCAAUCCCAAGCAUCACACGCGCUGCGUCCC